AAUACUGUUGUGUACCGCCGUCGUACCAGGAAGCUAUAGAAUACAUCAUCACACCCAGAAUCCAUUGCGGUAAUUGUAAUAGGAAAUACGACAACAUCCACAUUUAGCGUGUUUUUCUCGCCUUGAAAGGAAAUUAUUAUCUUAUUUUAUAGUAAAACUACACUAUUGAACCAAUAGUGCCGACCUUCAUGUGUUGAUUGAAGUGAUAUACUUGUGGUAUUUGGGUAUUUUAACUCACAAACACUAAUUUUCGAACACUAUCGGCAAUGGAAGCCAUAGCAACUUAUGAUUUUACAGCGUCAGAUGAUGACGAACUUUCAUUUCGCAAAGGCUACGUUUUAAAGAUUUUAAACAAAGACCAUGAUAGGAACUGGUUUAAGGCAGAACAUGAGGGACGAGAAGGACUUGUGCCAAAAAAUUACAUCACUAUGAAAUGUCAUGAUUGGUAUUACGGCAAGAUACCUCGUUCAAAAGCUGAAGAAAUCCUCGGUGCAGAUCAGUUUGUUAACGGCCAUUUUUUGGUACGAGAAAGCGAAAGCAGCCCUGGAGAAUUCUCGCUUUCAGUAAAAUAUGGGGAUAAAGUUCAACAUUUUAAAGUGUUACGAGAUGGAGCUGGGAAGUACUUCCUGUGGGUUGUCAAAUUCAAUUCUCUAAAUGAGCUUAUUCAGUACCACCGAAACUCGUCAGUCAGUCGGACACAAACAAUACAUUUAAAAGAUAUGAGGCGAACAAUAUGCAGAGUCAAAGCCAUGUUUGACUUUGUCCCACAAGAAGAUGGAGAAUUGAGCUUUAACUUGGGCGACGUCAUCGAUGUUUUAGACGAUUCGGAUGCUAACUGGUGGAGAGGUUGUCUGAAUGGAAAAGAAGGAAUGUUCCCGACACCUUACGUGCAAAAAUGUAAUUAAGAAUUGAAACUGGUACACAGUUGUGGUGCCAAGAACAAAUGCAUAGUGUCAUAACACCAAUUUUUUUUUCUUUAUAGUGUGCCAAAUUUAUACAACACAAUGCAUAGAUAAUCAAAAUUUACAAUCACAUGGUCUUCUAUCUAAAGUUUUAUCGCGAGUCACAAUCAUAUUGAAUAAUGCUAAAUAUUACUUCUAUUUUCCUUUUUAAGACUAUGAUUAGAUUCAAGGUUUGUAUUUUAAAAUAAACAUUUUCAUUAUAUAUGUCUGGUUUGGUAUGUACAGUACCUAUGAAUGAUCAAUAUUACUUUUAAUCAGGAGUCUAAAAAGAUCAUAAUUUUUGCCAUUUAUAUUUUUUUUUUGUCUUAUGUGUGUGUAGUAGUAAUCAGAGAAUCAUGUAAGGGCACCUGAUUUUUAUAAAGCAUCGUGUCAUAACACAAAUUUUGUUUUCUUUUUAGUGUGCCAAAUUUAUACAGUACAAUGUGUAGAUAAUCUAAAUUUACAGUCAGAUGAUCUUCUUCCUGAAGUGUUUAUCAUGAGUAAAUCAUUGAAUAUCGCUUAAUAAUAAUAUUACUUCUAUUUUCCUUUUUAAGACUAUGGAUAAUUAUAAGAGUCAAGGUUUACUAUUUGAAGUAAGCAUUUUCAUUAUAAUGUCUGGUUUGGUAUGCACCUGUGAAUGAUAAAUAUUAUUUUUAAUCAGUAGUCUAUAAAGAUUUUAAUUUUUUGCCAUUUAUAUAUUUUUUUGUCUUUAUGUGUGUGUAGUAUUAAUCAGAGAAUCAUGUAAGGGGACCCGAUUUUUAUAAAGAAUCAUGACUUUUAAUACCAAUGAAUUACAGUAGGCGAGACUUUUUUAUAUUUUGUUUUGUGAACUUAUUUUUUUACAGAUCGUCUGAGAAAGGUGGGGAAAAAAUGUUAAAGAAUUUAAUUUUUCUCAAUGCUUUAAAUUGAUAUAAUUAGGAAGAAACAUACUAUCUUAUUUUUGGAGAUUUCAAUGCAGAGGCGGGCAAAAUAAAAGUUACAUUUUAAAAAAAAAUUUUCAUUUAUUUUAAUGGCGGCUGGUGUGCUAUUUGGCCAGAAAUAUAAAAUUGAAUUUUUAUCCGAAAUCAUCAUUAUUGGCGGGUGGUGGGUUCGCUAAACGAGGUAUAAAAAAUUCUUGCCUGAUGGAAUGUGAUAUUCUAGACAGUAAAUCAUUGAUUGAUAUACCUACAGCUGCUUCUGUUUCUUCCCAAUAAAUGUCGGCGUUUUCUAAAAAUUUGCAAUUUGUACAUAAUAGUUUCUGUUUAAUAGCAAACGUAGCAAUUAUUGACUAUGUCUUUAGGGGGGUAGGGUGAGGGUAUGAAGGAUGUUGGAUGUGGGGGUGAAGAUUGUGUAUGAUUUCAUAGACAAAAUACCACAAGAUUGCUCAUAUUAAUGGACUCUUUUACAAGAAUAAAUAUUUUACAAUGUGAUAUUGUACAAGAUUAAAUUGACCGUAAAUAUACUUAAUGUAAAAGUACAUGGUUACAAAAAUUAAUGGUUUUAUAAAUAUGUUUAUUGUUACCUUUUCUUUUUUUGCUUUUACAUUGAAUCGGCCAUAGAAGGCGCAUGUAUAAAUGCCUAACUCUGCAUGCAGUGUCAUGGAAAAGGAAUGAAUGUAUUAGUAUUUUAAGAAUUAUGUACUGAAAUUGAAACAAAUUAAAAAUUCUUCUUUUCUUUUGCUGCGAAAGUGCUGCUUGGGAUUGUUCAUUCAACAAUUAAUAACUGUGCCAAAUCUUCAGGGAUUUUGUAUUUUUUAUUUAUCUAUUGUCUACCAUCUGUUUUGUAUGAUGUUGUGUAAAUUCAUUUUGAUAAAAACUUGUUUUAAUAGUGUUGAAUUUUAAAUCUAAAAUCUAAUUUUUUUUUUUUCACAAUAGUUCUUCGACAAACCCACAAUUGCAAAAAAAUAGCUUGUGUUGCCCAAGCAUUAUCAACCCAAAGUCUCAAAAAUUCAGUGUUGAUUUUUUCUUCUUUUUUUAGUCAAAAUAAAUUGUUCUUCCCAAGAAGCCCAAAAUGACUGAAUGAUUUAUGAAGUGGGCAUGUUUUAAGUUUUAGUAAUGUAUUGUUAUGCCUAAUCCAUGGGUUUUAGUCCAGUUUUAUCAGUAAAAAGUCUUAGGGUGAGUGAAGGACUGCCUGAGUUUCUGUAAAUCUUUGAUAGAUUCAAAAUUGAAAGGUUUGACAGUAUAAAAUUUGUUGCUUUUGAAAAUUGCUCUAGAUAAUCGUGUAAAAAAAACAAAUCACAAAAUGCAGCAUACUGUACAAUAAUAAUUAAAUACUUACUGUAUUGUGGACUUAACUGAUCAUGUCUUUUUCUUUGGCACAAUAUAUAUCUUCCAGAAAUUAACCAAAUCUCCCGUAAAUUUAUAAUAUUUGCAUGUUUUUACUAAUUUAUUAUCAAUUGUCUCAAGGAAAUUGGUGCGAAUGUUUAUUACCGCACGCAGUAAAUACAAUUAGACAUGUUGGAAAGCUGAUUUAACCAAAUCUCCCGGGCAGUGACUUAUGCCAAAUUGGGUCCCUUGAAUACUGUAAUCUAAUCCUCUAUUGGAAAAUGUACACUACAAUCAUUAGAAGCAAGAUAAUUCAUUCUUCUAUCGAAGAUUGAUUAAUUAUAUAAUUGAACUUUUAGUACCAUCAACCAAAUAAUCAGUCAAUAUCAGUAUAAACAACAAUAAUCGGGUAGAUCUAAAGAAAAAUCUGGUUAGAGGCCAUGCAACGUACAAAGCAGGGGGGGUGUGUGUAUGUUUAUGGAAUUUUUAUUUAGAAAUGCUUGACCAUAGAGAGAAGUACAUGAUAUUUAAAUCAACAAUUAGUUUGUUUUGGAAUACUGUACUGUGCUCCCCUUUAUUUUCUUUUCUCUGUUUUUAAAAAUUUUUUUUUAUUUGAGGGAGGUGCAGUUGGGCCUGGCCCAUGCCACCCCUCCCCCCCCCCAUUCUGCCUCUGAUAUUGUACUAACACAUUAAUAAGGUGUGUAUAAAUUAGAAACACUGUUUAUAUUGUAUUAUUUUUUCUAUUUUCCUUUUACAUAUGGUAAAAUUUUUUAUUUGCAGUUAAAAACUGAAUACUAAUUUUAGUAUAGUGUAGACUAAAGCCUCAUUCACUCUGAAUCCAAAUUUUUAAUAUCAAAUGCCUACCGAACCGAUCAGAAAAUUUAAUCGGUGUGUAAGAAUAAGGACGCUGGCGUUCAGCGUAUCGGAAACACGGUCUGAAGUUCGGGAUGUGAAUGCAGCUUAAAACUAGAUUUACACUAGACACGAAAACGACACGACGAUGACAUAUCAUCGCGUAGUUUGUAAUCUUCAAUACUGCGUGCAUCUGUAUCAUGUCAUAGUCUUGUCGUAAUCAUGUCUAGUGUAAAUAGAGCUUAACAGUGAGAGCAAAGUAGCAAAAUGAUUAUGUUAACAGUAAGAAUUUAUAGUUUUUAAUAAAUGUAAUACCAUUUGUAGUGUCAUCCAUAAUACAUUUGCUGUAAAAACACGCUUCAUGGGAUGUGUCAGUAGAAUUUUGUUAAUAUUCUAUUUUAAGUAAACAAAACCAUGUUAAUUUAAGAGAAAAUAGUUCAUUGCUGUUAAAAUUUGUUGCUGUAGGCAUGAUAAAUUAAAGAGUAAAUUCUGAAUUCUAAAUGUAGUGAUCAUGCCAAUCAAUGCCGUCGGUCAUUGCACUGUAUAUCGGUGAUCGUCAGGAUUACCUCUAUGCUCCUGUGGUCUAGUAUAAUCAUGCUUGCUAUGUUGAAACUCAAAAUCACCAAAUUAUAUUCACUUUAACUUGUAAAAAGUUGUUUUCCCGCCUGUAGAAAAGUAGAGUUGAUCAUUUGGUGUAUGCUAAGAUGUAUAAUGUUCUCUCUAGUAUUUACUGGACAUUUUGUGAGUUACUGUUACUGUACAGUGCUUUUUUAGACAUGUUUCUUCUGACAUAAGAAUGGUUGAUUUGAAUUUUGUAAAUAGAUGUUUUAAGAUUUCUUCAUAAAUAUAUAUUUUCAAUUUAUGUAGUUUUUAAAUUGUUCGCAUUAAUUUUGAGAGUAUAAUCAUAAUUGCUUGUGGAAUGCAUAUAGUGGUUGAUUUGAUUUUUUAUUUUUCAUCGCAUUAAUCACAGUUUGUGAAUUGUUUAGACACAUGUUUGCUAGUAAAUAAUUAAUGAAUUAUGAAUGUUUGAUUGAAAACAGGUGCCGAGCAUAACAGUACCAUUGUCAGGCCCAUAGCCAGGGGGGUUUUUUUAUGGUUCGGGCAAACCCACCCCCUUUUCUAGCCAAUCCCCCUUCCCUUUUCUAACCAUCCCCCCCUCUUUUCUAGAGAAUUUCACCUCAAAGUUCUCCAACCCAACUAAUGCACUGUAGACCCAGACUCAGACAUAAUGUUUUGCUGCAUACCUUAUCUGCUUUUAUAGCAUUAGGCUUAGGGGCUUUUGCUGACCCCAAGUCCAGAGAACCACCCCCGGGAAGAACCUGGCUAUGGGCAUGAUUGUUAAAUUCCCGAGUGGAGCUUCCAGGCUUGAUUUUAUAAACUACCUUUAAGCAAUGUUGCCAAGUAGAGCAACCAUUGCUGAACCACGUCUUAAACUCUGUCCACACUAUGCCCAUAUAUAGUCAUGAUGUGCCUAUAUAUGGUCGUGGUGUGUCUAUAUAUGGUCAUGAUGUGAUGUCAUCAUGAACAUAUUUAGGCAAAUUUGAUAGUGUGAACAGGGUUUAAGGUUUGUCAAACCAAAUAAUGGCACCUGGCUUCCAAAAGAAUUAAAAUACUUUUUUUUUUAAAUUACAUUGUUUUGAGGCCUCAAGGCAUGAUUUUGAACAGUGGUUUGCCGCUACUGGAUAAAAUGAACAGAAUUUUGUAUAAUUUUCAGGAUAUUAAUUUAACCCAAUCCUUGGGAUUGAAAGGCAGGAAUAACAACUCGGAUACCACUUUUUUACCACCUUCCUACAAGUAGCAUUCCCACCCAGUUGACUUUUACCAACGUCUAAAAUGACUACUUUUUAAAUCUAGUAGCUAUUAUUUGUUAGUAUUGUGUGUAGCAUUUGAAUGAUCACAUAGUGUUCACUAAGUAUUAUGCUUAAUAACAAUUUAUUACAUUUACAUAUAGUAACAUGAUACCAAUAUAGAUGUAAUGAAAUUUGAUUUAAUGUAGCAUAUUUACUAGCUUUAUUUUUAAGUUUGGUUAAAAUUUGUGGAAUUAUUUCAUGAUGACGAGAAUAAGUCAAUUUGUAGUUGAGCUGAGCAUGCCCGUAUCUGAGGUCAGAGUUGAUAUAAACAAAUGUUGUGUGUACGUUUGUUUAUGUAUAUUGACCUUGAUAUGAACAGAGCUAAAGAGCAGUUAUAUUGGCAUUUGUGGAUUAUUAAAAUAUUUACAAUGACAUGUGAUGUCAUUAACAACUUGUGACAUCAUCACAUGACAUCAUUAUGUGAUGUCACUACUGAUUGAUUUCAAUGCUAUAUAUAGAUGCAGAAUCUUAUUGUUUAAAAUGAUUGGAUGAUUUUCAUUUUUAUACCCGAUUCACACAAGACAAAAUUUUACAUGCUUAAUCUUGCAAGGGCUUCCCUACCAAAAUCAAUAAUGUAUUGUCUUCACACGGCGGAAUUUAAACCUUGCUUUAUGUUGAUACUGACAUUCAAUACACAGCCAGUGAUGACACUCACGGUACCACAUUGAAGAUAAGGCACGUCCUGUUAACAUGUGCAUAGAUCUAUGCUUAUCUCUUGUAGAUAAGGUGCUAAUUGAGCUUGUUGCAAAAAGUAAAAGGUUUAGAUGGAUGCUUCGUAUAUCCCACCCUACAAAUGUAGUGAAAUUACACAUGAAUGAGUGAUAAUAUUUCUUGGGAUUUCUUUGGUGGUUUCUGUAUGCAUAAGAAUUGUAACUGUUUAUUUACCAUUGAACAAAGCUGGAAGCUAAAUAUGA